UCCAUCUCUCUCUCUCUCUGUAUGUUCACUCUUCAAUGGCCAUUCCAGUCCUAAAACACUUGCUCUUCUCAACCCACAAACACAAACCCAUCUCUUCACUCUCCUUCUCCUCUUCCUCUUCCCAACCGUCCGAUCAAUCUGCAACCUUAAUCUCAACCGUAGUUUCAAUCCUCACCCAACAACGUUCAAAGUCCCGUUGGGGCAACCUCCAAACUCUCUACCCCAAUGGCUUCCACCCAAAAGAGUUUUCCCAAAUUGCCCUCCAACUCAAGAAUAAUCCCCACCUUGCCCUCCGCUUCUUCCUCUGGACUCAACACAAGUCUCUCUGCCACCACAACCUCCUCACAUACUCAACCACUAUCCACAUUCUGACCCGAGCCCGGCUCUUGACCCAAGCCCAUUCCCUCAUUCGGACUGCCAUUCGGAUCCCCCAACAAUCCACCACCAACAACAACGACAACCUCGUACCUAAGCCAUUGAAGUUGUUCCAAAGCCUUGUCAUGACUUAUAGACUAUGUGGGUCAGCUCCGUUUGUGUUUGAUUUGUUGGUUAAAGCUUGUUUGGAGAUUAAGAAGAUUGACUCAGCUAUUGAGAUUGUUAGGAUGUUAAGGUCUCGUGGGAUUAGUCCAAAAGUUGGUACUUUGAAUGAUUUGGUUUAUUGGGUUUUGAAGGUCCGAGGUGGUUGUGUUGGGUACGAGGUUUAUAGGGAGGUUUUUGGGUUAGAGGGUGAUGGGGUUGUUGGAAAUGUGAAAAGGGUUUAUAAAGUUUGGCCAAAUGUGCAUACUUUUAAUGUUUUGAUGGGGGGGUUUUACCAGGAUGGCAUGGUUGAGAAGGUGGAGAUGAUUUGGAAUGAAAUGGUGGGGUUUGAUUGUGUUCCUAAUUGUUAUAGUUACAGCGUUUUGAUGGCGGUGUAUUGCGAGGAAGGGAGGAUGGGAGAGGCUGAGAAGUUGUGGGAGGAGAUGAGAGUUAAGGAAGUGGAGGCUGAUGUUUUGAGUUAUAAUACUAUGAUUGGUGGGUUUUGCAAGAUUGGAGAAGUUGAGAAAGCUGAGGAGUUGUAUAGAGAAAUGGGGUUGAAUGGUGUGGAAAGUAGUUGUGCUACUUAUGAGCAUCUUGUUAAUGGGUAUUGUAAUGUUGGGGAUGUGGAUUCAGCGUUGCUUGUGUAUAAGGAUAUGUGUAGGAAGGGUUUUAGGCCGGAGGCUUUGACGCUUGAUGUGAUGAUUGGAGGACUUUGUGUUAAGGGUAGAGUUUAUGAGGCUGUGGAGAUUCUUAGGGGUGGAGUGGAGAAUUUUGGCUUGGUGCCUAAGGGGAAGAGUUAUGAGACUCUAUUAAAGGGGUUGUGUGAGGAGGGGAGGAUGGAAGAAGCCUUGAAGAUCCAGGCAGAGAUGGUGGGGAAGGGUUUUGAGCCAAAUUUGGAAAUAUAUGGUGCUUUUAUUGAAGGGUAUGUUAGACAAGGAAAUGAGGAAAUGGUAGAAGUGUUGAGGAAUGAAGUGUUGGAUAAGAAAAUGCGGGAAAAAGAGAAGUAGAUGAUGUUUGUUUGCUGUAAAUGCAAGCAAAUCCAAAAAUUGAACAUAUAUGGCAAUUUCCCCUAAUUAGGGUGAGAAGGUUGCUGCAGAGUUUGAUGGAUUUCGUUUUGGAAACAAAAGCUUCUUUUUGGGACAUUAGUCUGGUUUCUCUUGAAAAUGUCAUCUUUGCUGGUGAUAUUUAUGCGGUUAAACAAGGAUUCAUUUAUAGUGCUUACUUGAUAACAUGUGAGGACAAUUCAGGCAGGCAUUUGGUGAGCAUGCCUAGGGACAAUGGUUGGCUGCACAUUAGGGAUCAUUCGAAAAUGGGGUAACUUCUUGACUUCGAUUGCUCAUUACAGUAGUAAAUUGUAAUUUCAGAAGUGCAUAAAUUGUGCCUGCUGUUGAUCUUUUGUUAGAUGCCCCUUGUGGACAUCUGUUAUCUUUUCCUGGAGAACGAUCAUUCCACACUCAUGGCUGCAUAUUACGGCAAUGAUAAUAGGAUUAUGCGGGAGAGGAGAAGAUUGAAAUCAUAGUAAUCGAUUCUUUGCCAAUAUAAUUUACCACCUCCUACAACUGUGAGUUGAUUGUAUGCAUUGAGUGGAUCUUGAGAGUUGAAUAAUUUUUACUUGUAAAUAAGACAUACUGCAGUUUUGACAAUACA